UCGUUGACAGUUCGUCAAUUUUCUCAAACAAUAAGCGUACAUCGUAGAAGCAAAAAACUAUGGCUUUAAGUUAUUUCACAGAAAGUGAAGCCCCGAGAGACUUUCGAAUAUCGUCCACCGAGAGUGAAGGACAUUACACAAAGUGCCUACUAUGUUAUACGGUGAAGAAAAACUUCUACUGCCCGGAUUGUAUUCGGGCGGGCAACUUCGUACAUUCAUCGAUGCCUUAUGCAGACAGAUUCUCAGAGAAACAAGGCAAGCUGCUACGUCUGAAAGCAAACAGGAAGCACAUCCUCGACCGCUGCGAAAAGCUGAUGGCCGGCAAGUUGAAGAAGGACAGCUUAAUAACGGAGGCCAAACAGUCACGAGACAAGUUAGAUCUUCUGCGGCUUGCCAUUGAGCAGCGGAGGAAUGGGCUUGAUGAGAAGAGGAAACAGUUGACAGAGCUCACACAACUUAACAAUGAGCUGAGGUUAAAGCUCCCCCGCUACCAGAAGCGCGUGUCGCACCUGGCGUCGCACGCGGCGGAUCAAAGGCUGCAGCUACACACGAGACACAACGCGUGCGCCGACAGAAACGCUGCCCUAGCGGCGUUGCGGAGAGAAAGGGUGCGGCAGCUUAACAAAUAUAUAUUCCCGGUUUAUAUCAGUUUGGAUACCAGUGACAGUAUAGAAGACAUGGAGUUCCUGGGCGGAGAGCCGGAGGAAGAGCCCCCGACGCGCACACAACUACACAUCGUGUCGCCCUGGCUGUGCGCGGACGGAGACCACUCGCAUGUGAUCACCUGGGCGAAACAGAACAAAGAAGCGUCUAUGACGGCGGAGCCGGCCGACAACCCGCUGCACCGCACGGUGGCCGCGUUAGGUCUGGCCGCUCAGCUGGUGGCGCUGCUGGCGUGGACGCUGGACGCGCGGCUGCCGCACUCGCUCACGCUCAGCGAGUACUCCAACUGGCGCGUGACCUCGGCCGGGCUGCAGGCGCGCACGCUGCGGCUGUGCGUGUGCGCGGCGGCGCUGUGCGGUGGCGCCGGCGUGGCGCCGCCGCCGCCGCCGCAGCUGUCCGCGCUGCGCGCGCUCGCCGCCGCCGCCGCCGCCGACGACCCCGGACUCGGACGAGUGGAAGCGUGGACAAGUGAGAGCUUAGUAGACAUGGCGGCGUGGGAGCAGUGGGAGGCGCUCGACGUGCGCGACGAGCCCGACCCGCCCGAGCAUCUGCACUGGCCCGAGCAAGAGGAGACAGAAGUGUGCGGCCGCUCGCCCCCCUCGGCCCCCGCCCCCUCCCCCUCCGCCUCCGCCUCCCUCGUCACGUCGGCGGCCGGCGCGCUCGCCUCCAUGUGGCGCGGCUGGACCAAAUAACAUACACACACACACAUUGCACUACCCGACUCUUCUUCUUCUUCUUCUUUUAAAAUUAUGGCUUCAGCCCAGUGGGACUAUUUCGCCAGUAUCAAGGUAUUGAGAGGUUUACAAACGACAAAAAUUGUACGGUUGUACAAGACAGUGUACGGUGAUUUGUUAGCUCUUGUAAAUCGAUAGCUAGUCUUUACAAGAAGCACGUGGACUACCGGCCGUUGACUCCAAGAUGGUGGUUAAACGCGCUUCAAAAUUAAUUCUCCAUUCACUGCACACUACCACAUUAGUUUACUGUAUAAUAAGCUAUCGAUAUUACACUUUAAACAAUAUUAAUAAGCAAAAAACAAAGUAAUUAAUCACGAUGCUAACUAUCAAGAUGGCGCUCGAACCGGAAGUCCUGCAUGUUCACUGCACACUGCACUACUGUCUACCCGACUCCUAUAACCUAUAAAUUCGAGUUUUAGGUACUGAUCUGUCAGUGUCAAAAGUGACAUUUCUUCAACCAGAAACGUCACUUUUGACACUGACAGGUCAAUACCAUAUCGGAAACAGAUCGUAUAAUUAAAACUCGAAUAAGCCUGUAAAUGUGUGUAAUAGUAUAUCGUGAUACAAGUGUGCUACGUUGGUAAAAUUACAAUUACACACGAGGUGAUAUUGUGCGCGCGAGCUGUAAGCGAGUGCGCAAUAAGAAUGUCGAUGUGUGUAAUGACCAAUGCACACGCGUUUCAUACGACGUUAUUCAACACACUUGCGAGGAAAAAAAAGAUACUUUCAUAUUAAUCAAAUUUUAAUUGUUAAAACAGUUGCAUCUGUCACACUGCCGGCCGGCCCUCGCUCGCCCCGGCCGCGGGCGGGGCGGGGUGCGGGGCGGGGCGGGGUGCGGGGCGGGGCGGGGUGCGGGGCGGGGCGGGGUGAGGGCGGCGGGCGGGCCGCGCACUGCGCAGGCGCGAGUAGCGCGCCGCGCGCCGGUGCCCGCCAGUCCGACCAAUUAAAGAAGGCUCCCUUUCCAUGCAUAUUAUUAGCAAUCAGUUACCUUCUUAACUUAGUCGGAUAAUAAAAUGAAAAAGCACAAUUAUUGUUAGGCCAGGAUUACACUCGUAAGUUUUACAUACGUAAGUACGGGUACGGGUAGUAAGGGACACAGCUAUACUACAGAAUGAGAUAUGAAUAUCGUUAUCUCAUUCUAGCAAAUAGCUUUGUCCCUACUUACGUAAGUAAAACUUACGAGUGUAAUCCUGGCCUUAGAGCCUAAAAACGGUUCAGUAAGCACGUUCCGAGCGAGUGUGUUGAAAAAAACAUAAUUAAGUACUCUAGAAUCAUUUUCCAUUCCAUGCCUUAAAUUAUGACCCUGACGCGUCACUUUUGUGACUUCAUUUCGAUACAUUUAUUUUCACAGUGAUAAUUUGACACAAAAUGACCGAGAUGCUCUUGUUUCGAAUUUGGAACCAUGCCCCAUGUCUUAUUUAAUAAAUGUUAAAAUGUAAUUUUUGAAUUUGUAUUUUGUAAAGGACUCGGGACCCCGGCUAAUUAAAAAACGAGAAAAUGAAUGAAUGCCGAGCAAAUAUCAGCCUUAUACGUUGACCUAAUUCAUAUUCAGAAUUACUGAGAGUAAUUUGGCGUUUGCGAGCGUUAAUUUAAUGUUUUUAUGAGAUUAAAUUAUUUUCCACGGUUCUACCCCUUCUAAACUCUUUCAAAAAUAUAUUUAGGUACAGUCAAGUGUAAAAAUAUGGGUGCAUUAAACUUACUCAAAAAUAUGUCCCAUAGUUCUACGAAACGUAUACGUAAACGUACGAAAAAAUUACAAUCAGAAAAAUAUUUAUUUUCAAACUGCUGUCACUCUAAUUCUGAAUAUCAUAUUAUGUCCUUAUAUGUUGUGUAAAUAAAUUAUUUUUUGUACAUUUUUUGUGAAUUAUUUUGAAUGAAAAUAAAACUUUUUUGUAAA